AUGAAGGCUAUUCAGCGCAAGGCAGAGAUGCAACCUGACGCUGGACACCAGCCACUCACCCCUGGAAUGUCUCCUGUUUCUGAUGCGAGCCUGGAAAGCCACGGAACUCCUACUCCCAUGGGCGACAAGUCCCAAAGGAAGCGAUACCAUUGCAACGGUCCCAACUGCCAGAAGAGCUUUACCCAGAAGACUCACCUCGACAUCCAUCGCAGAACACACAGCGGUGAGAAGCCAUACUCCUGUGACUUUCCUGGUUGCGAGCUCACCUUUUCACAACUGGGCAACCUGAAGACUCAUCGACGUCGCCACACCGGUGAACGCCCGUUCUCUUGUGACAAGUGUGACCGCCAGUUUGCUCAACGAGGAAACCUUCGCGCCCACUUGCAGACUCACCAAGGAUUGAAACCUUACGUCUGCAUCCUCGAUGCUUGCAACAAGACGUUCUCUCAGCUCGGUAACAUGAAGACUCACCAAAACAACUUCCACAAGAAGACCCUCAAGAACCUCACCAUGAGAUUCGCCCAGAUUCUCAACUCGGGCGAAGAAGUGCCUGAUAUUGACCGCGAGCUGUUUGAAUACUUCGCCACACACUAUAAGAACAGCAACAAGGGCAUCAAAGGUCGAGGAAAGGCCCGCACAGUUGCUGAGCGCAAGCCCAAGCUCUCUAACUCACCUGUUGCGCACCCAAUUUCAAGCAUCCCUCAAUACCCUCUUCCUCAAAUCGCCUCAGGUCACCAAACACCUUCUCCUCACCAGCCGCAUGGUCUCCCCGUCUCAGGCAGCCUCGCGGCCUACAGCAUGAGCCGUGUCCAGCACAAUUCUCACACAAACGGCUAUGAAGUAUACGACAUUCAAGGAGGACAUCACCACAUCCAGCCACCUCACAACGCCGGCAUGAUGUACGAGACCAGCCAUGUGCGCGAGAUGAACUACAACGAGCGUAUGUACUGA